UCUCUCUCACGUACCAUCUCCAAGUUCGGGCGAUUAAAGAACCAAUUGUUAUCGCUCACACACAUAUCACUAGUUUAUUGUCAACAAAUCAUAUGGUUUUGACAUCCAAGGCAUGGACUGGAGUCGUUUAGUUUUUAGUGCAAAGUGCUUCGAUUAAAUAGUGGGUUUUGUUGAAAUUGCUUUCCAGAGAAUAUUUUUAAAAAUGCAGCGAAUCAUAAAUGUUACGCGCAAAAUGCUAAUGAAUCAAGGUAUUAUCUCAUCUAUACUAUUAUUGCCAAUUUAUUCUAAAUUGGUUUCAACACAACGAGCUGCUUCAACUCUCACUCCACCUAAGCCUCCAGAUUCAGAAUUUAUUGGUUUCCAUUCAGUGACAGUAAGGACUUUGGUCAGAAUGCCAGAAAAACAUAUACCUCCGAAAAUUGAACGAUUCGAAGAUUUUGAAGUUCAUUUAAGAGGUUCAUUGAAUCCCAACAAGACUCUAGCAUUACUACUAGACUACGAUGGCACUUUGGCUCCCAUUGCUGAUCAUCCUGACAAAACCAUUAUGUCAAUUGCAAUAGAAACUAUUCUAAAUAAAUUGGCCAAGAACCCCAACAUUUUUCUCGCGAUCAUCUCCGGUAGAGCCCUGGAUGAUAUAAAAAAUAAGAUAGGAAUUAAUGGAAUUACUUAUGCCGGUAAUCAUGGCCUUGAAAUUGAGAGUGCGGACAAUAGUCGACACGAUUAUCGCCUUUCCGAAGAAAUCCUAGAAAACUAUAACCGCCUUGUAAAAGAUCUCCAGGAAAAUGCCGUUAAAAAUAAUGCUUGGGUUGAAGAUAAGAGAAUCUCAUUGUCAUUUCACUAUCGUGCUGUUCCCGUUAAUAUGAAAGCAGCUGUAAAGCAAGAAGCGACACGAAUUAUUGAAAAACACGGCUACACAGCUAAUGCAGCACAUGAGGCCAUCGAAGCCAAGCCACCGGUUGUUUGGAAUAAAGGUGAGGCCUCCGUAUUCUUACUCAAAGAACAAUUUGGCGAAGAUUGGUCAAAAAAAGUGAAUGUUGUUUUUGUCGGUGAUGACACCACUGAUGAAGACGCUAUGCAGAAAUUGCAAGGCGUUGGAAAAUCGUUCAGAAUAUCCUCAGAUCCCGAAAUGAAAACAUUUGCCGAUUUUCGUCUGACAAGUCAAGAUUUAGUUGGGGAUCUUCUAAGCUGGAUUUCUAACACAUACGAAAACGAAGAAUGAGUUGGAUCUUAAGAUUUUGUGUAUAAAAAAUACAAUUUUUCUUCAAAUUUAUAUUAGCGACGUCUAUAACGUUUUUUAUACAAAUAUAUAC